GGGUCUCCACGCUCUCUUCUCACCCACCCCCUCCCAUAUUCAAAUCGACUCGGCCACUUCGCAUCGCUGCAUCUCCCAGCCCUUGUAUGCGGUAAUUCGGCAUCAUGUCCGAUCUCUAUCUCUCCCGCAUUCGUAACUGGUUCCUCAGUUCGCCCCCGGCAGAAUGGGCCCUCAAGGGACUCCGCGAGACCCUUAUCGGCGCCUUGAAGCAGGGUCCCAUCCCUCGCCAUGUGGCUUUCGUUAUGGACGGUAAUCGGAGGUAUGCUCGGAGCCACAAGAUCGAGACUAUCGAGGGCCACCAUCUCGGCUUCGAGGCACUUGCGAGGGUCCUCGAGAUAUGCUACAAGUGCGGUGUCGAGGUUGUGACAGUGUACGCAUUCAGCAUCGAGAACUUCAACCGCCCAAAAUACGAGGUCGAUGGCCUGAUGCAGCUGGCCAAGGUCAAGCUGGAGCAACUGAUUCAGCACGGAGAACUACUCGAGCGAUACGGCGCCAGUGUCCGCGUACUUGGCGAGCGUGAUCUACUGAGCGACGAUGUGCUCGAGGUCAUCGACCGUGCCGUUUCCACAACCAAGAACAACAAGAAGUGUAUCUUGAACAUUUGCUUCCCAUACACAUCGCGAGAGGAAAUGACGACAGCCAUCCGUUCAACGGUCGACGAGUAUUCGAAAUCAUCCGCCCCGAAGAGCACACCCUUCUCGCAAACGCGCAUUACACAGAAGAUUAUGUCCAAGCAAGGAGAUAGGAGCGAGAAGAGCGAAAGCGACAACUCCUCUUCAGGACAAGAGCCGACGCACACCCCACCCGGGUCGGACGACAACGAAGACUCCAUGUCGUCCACCACGACGCUAUACCCAGAAUCCCCGGGCCGUACAUCCAAGGACAGCUCCAACAACGUUACCAUAUACCCCAAUGCCGAGAACAUCACGACCGAGACGAUCGAUAAACACCUGUACACGGCCGACUGUCCACCUCUAGACAUGUUUGUGCGGACUAGUGGCGUGGAGAGAUUGAGCGACUUUAUGCUGUGGCAAUGCCACCAAGAUACCCAAAUGUUUUUCCUCAAGUGUUUCUGGCCCGAGUUUGACCUGUGGCAUUUCCUCCCUGUCUUGCUGGAGUGGCAGUGGCGGCAGAAGAAGAAGGCCAUGGAGGAGAGGCCGCGACAGCGGGUCAAGACGGCCUGAACGGCCUUGAUACCCAAUUGUUAUGUACGGCAUUGGAGCGAAAAGAGUCCUUAGCAGCAGCAUAUAGAAUCAUCCAGGGCAGAGAAACCCUCCAUGCAUAUGUUAGGGCUUGAGAGGUUAAGGGUGCUAAAAAUAACUUGCCUUCUGACCUGUUUACAUUUGCGUCUUUCACAUCACCCGCAUCAACAUAUUCAUAUCAUGCGCCGCGACUGCUCGAGCAUGCGCCCGAUAACGGACAUGAAGCCUACAAAAAUUGAGCGACCGGGACAUUUUCACAGACAGAUUCACAAGAGAACGAAACAAGCGUCCAAAUACCAAUAAAAUUUACCUUGAAUCAUUUUCUCGAACCCGAUUUCUUAGGGGAAGAAGCAGCUCGUCGAAUUGCUUCAGUGGUCGACC